AUGUCGCACAGAGCAUCCGGUUCGUCGCCCGCGCGGAGGCGGAGCGCGUGGGGCCCGCCGGGGCAGAGCAACGGCGUGGCCGGGGGGGCACCGGCAGCGGCGGAGAAGGACGCCCCGCGGCCCUCCGCGGCCGGGGGCAGCGACGCCAUGUUCGCGAUACUCAAGGAAAUCGGCCGCGAGAAGUCCGGCGAGGACGACCAGACGUCCCUGCGCGACUACGUGGAGACCGAGGCCCGGGACCUCGCGGGGGAGCAUUUCGUCCGGCUCACAGAGACGCUGUACGUGCAGAUUGAGGCCAUGUGCGACUCCUCGGACCCCGAGACCAAGCGGGCCGGCAUCCUGGCCAUUGAUCAGUUGCUCGAGUGCGACAUCCUGGGCGACCGCGCGGCCAAACUGUCCAGGUUCGCCAACGCCCUGCGGUCGUCGAUGGAGCAGGGCUCGCCGGCGCGCGUCAUCGACCUCGCAGCGCACACCUUUGGGCAUCUGGUCGCGUGCGGCGGGCCGGCCACCGCCGACGUCGUGGAGCACACCAUCCAGCGCUCGCUCGCGUGGCUGCACGGCGAACAGCAGGAGCUGCACCGCUACGCCGCGGUCGUGCUCCUGCGCGAGAUGGCAGACAACGCCCCCGCCGUGUUCAACGUGCACGUGCGCCACUUCAUCGAACGCAUCUGGUCGCCGCUCCGCGACCCCAAAAAGGUGAUGCGGGAGGCCGCGGUGAACGCGCUGCGGUCGUGUCUGUGCCUCGUGGAGAAGCGCGAGACGCGGUACCGCGUGCAGUGGUACUACCGGCUGUUCGAGGACACGCAGCGCGGCCUGACUCAUGGCACGCGGGUAGAAAUCGUGCACGGGUCGCUCCUCGCGCUCGGGGAGCUCCUGCGCCACACGGGCGAGUUCAUGCUCGCCAGGUACCGCGAGGUCGUCUCCACGGUCCUGCGCUUCCGCGACGCCCGCGACAAGAUCAUCCGACAGGCAGUCAUCCGCCUCCUGCCGCGCCUCGCCGCCUUCUCGCCGGAACGCUUCAGCGGUACCUACCUCCGCCCCUGCAUCGACUAUCUGCUCACGCAGAUCCAGUCCCCCUCGGAGCGCGCCGCGGCGUUCGAGGCGCUCGGCGACAUCGCUGUCGGCGUCCGCAGCUCCCACCGCGGCAUCGCGGGCCUCCAGGCCGCCCUCGCCCCGCUCGCCGCCCUCAUCCACGAGGCCGUCGCGGUGCAGCCCGCAGGCCGGCGCGGGUCCACUGGGCCUGCCCCCGCCGCGCCCGGCGCCGUGCAGCAGGGCUCGGCCGCCAUCGAGGCCAUCCGGUGCGCGGGGCAGAUCGCGCACGCCGUCGGCCCGGCGUGGUCGCUCUACGUCAAGCAGCUGAUCGAGCCCAUGCUGCAGGGGGGUCUCCACCCGACACUCGUGGAGUCCCUCGCGACGAUAUCCCGUGCGAUUCCGGAGCUGCUCGGGACGUGCCAGGCGCACCUGCUCGACGUGAUCAGCAUCAUGCUGUCGCGGCAGCCCUUCCACACUCCCCCCCCCGACAUCCCCUGCGCACCGCACCCGCUCAUGGCCUACAUCCGGCCGGCGGACGGGGACCCCGCCGCGGCCGUGCUCGCGCUGCGCGCGCUCGGGACGUUCAACCUCGAGGUGUACAACCUGCUGACGUUCCUCGAGGACACCGUCGUGGGGUACCUCGAGGCGAGCAAGCCGGAGGUGCGCCGGGAGGCGGCGAUGGCGUGCGUGCACGUGAUGGAGCAGCACGCGCUCGAGAUGGCGAUGCUGACGCAGGGCAGCGGCGCCCGCGGCGGCGGCGGCGUGACGGUCGGCGGCGACGGCGGCGGCCCGGCGGACCAGAGCCAGGACCCGUGCACGCACCGCCUGCUGCGGCACCGGCACGCGCAGGUGCAGAACCUGGUCAUGCAGCUCCUCUCGGUCGCCGUGUCGGACCUGGACCCGUCGGUGCGGUGCGCGGUGCUCCGCGGGCUCUCGGACGCCCGCGGCCUCGACACGUACAUGGCGCAGGCGCAAGCGCUCGGGUGCUUCUUCCUGUCGCUCAACGACGAGUCCGCGACGGUGCGGCAGCUCGCGAUCUCCGUCGUGGGCCGCCUCGCGCCGCUCAACCCGGCGUACGUCCUCCCCGCGCUCCGCAAGCACCUCCAGCAGCUCCUGUCCGACAUGGACCACGCGCCGGACUGCAAGCAGCGCGAGCACGCCGCGGGCCUCCUCGGGUGCCUGCUCACCUCCGCGCCGGGCCUCGCGCUGCCGUACCUCCCGUCCAUCGCCGCGGCGCUCGUCUCCAAGCUGCGCCUGCUCACCGACAUGCUGGUCUCCGGCACGGCGUUCAAGGGCGGGACGACCGAGAUCGGCGUGCUCGAGCAGGUGCUGUCGACGGUGGGCGAGCUCGCGUGGGUGGCGCGCGGGCAGCUGCGGCCGCACAUCGGCGACCUGCUGCCGCUGGUGAUUGCGUGCAUUCGCGACGGGUCGGGCGCGCUGCGGCGCGAGGUGGCGGUGUCGACGCUCGGCGCGCUCGUGGAGUCGUGCGGGUACGCGAUGCGGCCGUACCUGGAGUACCCGGGGCUGCUGACGAUGCUGCUGCGGCUGCUGCAGGAGGGCGGGCAGGCCACGCGGCGCGAGGUGAUCCGCGUCCUGGGCAUCAUCGGGGCGCUGGACCCGUACACGAGCAAGAUCACGCAGGGGUUCGAGUCCGGCGAAGGGAAGCUGGAGGCCGAGGGCGUGCGGGCGCAGCGGCAGAUGGCGUCGGGCGAGAUCGUCGACGGCGAGGUCCCCACGCCCGAGAACGACCCGGACGUCCUCCCCGUGGUCGGCCUCGCCACGUCGUCCGAGGAAUACUACCCCACGGUGGCCAUCAACUCCCUCAUGCGGCUCCUGCGCGACCCGGGCCUGACCUCGCACAACCACACGGCCGUCCGCUCGCUCAUCUACAUCUUCCAGGCCCUCGGCCUCGCAUGCGUGCCCUUCCUGGGCCGCGUCAUGCCGCUCCUGCUGUCGGUCCUGCGCCAGGGCGACACCCCCCUCCGCGAGUACAUCCUCCAGCAGCUCACGUCGCUCGUGAGCGUCAUCCGGCAGCACUCCCGCCGCUACCUCCCGGACCUCGUGCAGCUCGUCGAGGAGUACUGGGACCCCGCGUCGCCGCUGAUCGAACACCUGCUGCGGCUCGUGGGGGAGCUGGCGCGCGUGCUGCAGGACGACCUGCGGCCGCACGUGCCGCGGCUGCUCCCGCGGAUCAUCUCGGUGCUGAUCGAGGCGGAGCGCACGGGGAGUUACGCGACAGUCCCCCCCCUGCUCGAGGCGCUCGAGGCGAUGGGGCCGGCGAUGGAGCAGCACCUGCACCUCGUCCUCCCCUCGCUCGUCCGCCUCAUCAACCCCUGGGCCAAGUCGGUGCCCGCGGAGGUGUCCCGGGGGACUCUGGGGACCCUCCGGAGACUCCUCCCCCGCAUGCAGCCGUCGGGGCACGCGAACGCGAUCAUCCACCCGCUCCUGCGCGUCCUCCGCGACCCGCACCACGCCCUCCGCCAGGAGGCCCUCUCCACCAUCACCGCCCUGAUGUCGUCCAUGGGCCCGGAGUCCGCAGUCUUCCUGACCGCAGUGCAGCGCGCGGCACGGACCCACAACGUCCGCCACGCGCCCUUCGACGCCCUCGUGCGCUCCCUCACGUCCGUGCCGCCGCCCUGCAUGACCGACGCGGAGUCCGACGCCGAGUCGGUGGCCUACCGCGCAGCCAGCGACAGCGACGCACAGGCCAAGGCCCCCGCCGCGACGCCCGCGCACCGCACGUCGAUGCGGCUCGUCGUCAACGAGGCCUCGCUGCGCCGCGCGUGGGUGUCCUCGGACCGCUCCACGAAGGAGGACUGGGUCGAGUGGCUGCGCAACUUCUCGGUAGAACUCCUGAAGGAGUCGUCGUCGCCGGCGCUGCGGGCGUGCCACACGCUCGCGCUGAUCCACCCGCCGAUGGCGCGCGACCUGUUCCCCGCGGGGUUCGUGUCGUGCUGGACGGAGCUGUCGGAGGCGACGCAGGAGCAGCUCGUGCGCUCGCUCGAGGCGGCGCUGGCGUCGCCGACGAUCCCGCCGGAGAUCGUGACGGCGCUGCUGAACCUCGCCGAGUUCAUGGAGCACGACGAGAAGGCGCUCCCGCUCGACAACCGCACGCUGGGGGCGCUCGCCGAGAAGUGCCACGCCUUUGCCAAGGCCCUGCAUUACCGCGAGCUCGAGUUCGAGACGAACCCGCAGGGCGUCGUGGAGCCGCUCAUCUCGAUCAACAACCAGCUGCGGCAGCCCGAGGCCGCGAUCGGCAUCAUGGAGUACGCCCGGCGCGAGCUGGGGAUGCAGCUGCUGGACUCGUGGUACGAGAAGCAGCAGCAGUGGGACCAGGCGCUCGCGGCGUACGAGCGGCACAUGAAGAGCCUGCAGCCGGGGUUCCCCGGGCACCUCGAGGCGACGGUCGGGUGCCUGCGGUGCCUGGCGGCGCUCGCGGAGUGGCAGCGGCUGGCCGACAUGUGCCGCGCGGUGUGGAGCACGGUCGAGCCGUACGUGCGGCGGGAGAUCGCGCCGCUCGCGGCGUACGCGUCGUGGCACAUGGGGUCGUGGGAGGAGAUGGCGGACUACCUCGGCGCGAUGGACCCGAAGGCGACCGAGGACUCGAGCACGGGGUGCUUCCUGCGGGCGGUGCUGUGCACGAAGCGCGCGGACUACGGCGCGGCGCUCAGCCACGUCGAGCGGGCGCGCGCGCUGCUCGGCGCGGAGGUGUCGGCGCUCGCGGGCGAGACGUACGAGCGCGCGUACCGCGACGUGGUGCGCAUCCAGCAGCUCACCGAGCUCGAGGAAGUCAUCGAGUACUUCCGCCUCGAGAGCUGCAAGGGCGACGAGGACGUGCAGGCCGCGGCCGCGAGCCGCCGCGCGACGAUCCGCAACAUGUGGCACACGCGCAUGGAGGGCGUGCAGCGCGACGUCGAGGUGUGGCAGGCGCUGCUGUCCGUGCGGUCGCUCGUGCUGUCCGAGGAGGAGGACGAGGACACGUGGAUCAAGUUCUCCACGCUGUGCCGCAAGUCCGGCCGCGUCCGGCAGGCCCACCACACCCUCGUCAAGCUCCUGCGGUACGACCCAGAGUGCAUCCUGACUCCGGGCACCAAGGGGUACGGCGCGGGGUCGGGGCGCCCGAAGGUGAUGUACACGUUUUUGAAGCACAUGUGGGCGACGGGGAAGCGCGAGGAGGCGUUCGCGCGCCUCGCGGAGCUGCGCCUGGAGGUGCUGGGCGCGGUGCAGACGGGCGCGCAGAUCGGGCCGAUCGCGACGCAGCACUCGACGAAGCACAUUUCGUCGAUGCUGCGGUCGAACCGGACGAUCGCGCCGAGCCAGCCCGCGCCGCUCCUCGCGCGCAUCAACCUCCGCCUCGGGCUGUGGCGCUGGAGCCGCGCGUCGCACAACAUCAGCAUCCAGGUCAUGCAGGACGUGCUGACGCUGAUGCGGCAGGCGACCGAGGACGCGCCCGAGUGGGGCAAGGCGUGGCACCACCACGCACUGUACAGCGUCGCGGCGAUGAACCACUACGCGCGCAACGACCCGCAGCUCGCGCAGGGCUUCCUGCGGCCCGCGAUCACGGGCUUCUUCCGCUCCAUCGCCAUCGGCCAGGGCCAGCCGUCGCAGGCCGCGGGGACCCUCCAGGACAUCCUGCGCCUCCUGACGCUGUGGUUCAACCACGGCGACGUGCAGGAGGUGCAAGACUGCCUCCACGAGGGGUUCGCGCAGGUCUCGAUCACGACGUGGCUCGCGGUGAUCCCGCAGAUCAUCGCGCGCAUCCACGCCACGCUGCUGCCCGUGCGCACCAUCAUCCACCAGCUGCUGGUGCGCAUCGGGCAGCACCACCCGCAGGCGCUCAUGUACCCGCUGAUCGUCGCCUGCAAGUCGUCGUCCGCGGCGCGCCGGGCGUCGGCGACGGCGGUGAUCGAGAACCUCAGGCAGCACAGCGCGGCGCUGGUGGACCAGGCGCAGCUGGUGUCGAAGGAGCUGAUCCGCGUGGCGAUCCUGUGGCACGAGAUGUGGCACGAGGCGCUCGAGGAGGCCUCCCGGCUCUACUUCGGCGAGAACAACGCCGAGGGGAUGUUGGCGACACUCCUCCCCCUCCACGACAUGAUGGAGCCCGGCGGCAGCGCGCAGACCCCCGCGCCCACCCCCUCCCCAGCCCCCUCCGCCGCCCCCUCCGCCGUCUCCGCCGCCACCGUCACCGCCGCCCCCGCCGCCCCCGCGGGCGACCGCAACGUCGGCGCGCUCCCCGCCUCGGCGCGCGACCUGGAACACGAGGGCCCGACCACGCCCAUGGAGGUCUCCUUCGUCCAGCACUACGGCCGCGAGCUCCGCGAGGCCCACGACUGGUGCAUGAAGUACCGCGCGUCCCGCCGCGAGGCCGACCUGCACCAGGCCUGGGACCUGUACUACCACGUGUUCAAGCGCAUCAACAAGCAGCUCCCGACGCUGACGAGCCUCGAGCUGCAGCACGUGUCGCCCGCGCUCCUCGCCGCGCGCGACCUCGAGCUCGCGGUGCCCGGGACGUACGCGGCGGACCACGCGCUGGUGAAGAUCUCGCACCUGGCGCCGCAGCUGCACGUGAUCACGUCGAAGCAGCGCCCGCGGAAGCUGACCGUGCACGGCGCGGACGGCGCGCUCUACAUGUUCCUCCUCAAGGGCCACGAGGACCUGCGGCAGGACGAGCGCGUGAUGCAGCUCUUCGGGCUCGUCAACAACCUCCUGGCGUCGGAGCGCAUGACCGCCGAGCGCGGGCUCUCCAUCGGGCGGUACGCCGUCAUCCCGCUGUCCCCGAACUCGGGCCUCAUCGGGUGGGUCCCGAACUGCGACACGCUCCACGCGCUCAUCCGGGAGUACCGCGAGGCGCGCAAGAUCCCGCUCAACGUGGAGCACCGGCUGAUGCUCGGGAUGGCGCCGGACUACGAGCACCUCACGGUCAUCCAGAAGGUCGAGGUGUUCCAGCACGCGCUCGACUCGACGCCCGGCGACGACCUGCACAAGGUGCUGUGGCUCAAGUCGCGCACCAGCGAGGUCUGGCUCGACCGCCGGACGAACUACGCGCGGUCCGUGGCCGUCAUGUCGAUGGUCGGGUACCUCCUCGGCCUCGGCGACCGCCACCCGUCCAACCUCAUGCUCGACCGGUUCAGCGGCAAGCUGCUGCACAUUGACUUCGGGGACUGCUUCGAGGCGUCGAUGCACCGCGAGAAGUUCCCGGAGAAGGUGCCGUUCCGGCUCACGCGGAUGAUGAUCCGCGCGAUGGAGGUGUCGGGCAUCGAGGGCAACUUCCGCAUCACGUGCGAGAACACGCUGCGCGUGCUGCGGAGCAACAAGGACAGCGUGAUGGCCAUGCUCGAGGCGUUCGUGCACGACCCGCUGAUCAACUGGAGGCUCCUGCACACCGAGGCCGUCGCGAACUCCACCGCGGCGACGCCCGCGCCCACCGACGUGUCGGCACCUGAGCUCGACAAGUCGCGGAUCUCGUCGCCGGAGGUCGCCCCCAGCGGCGUGGAGCAGUCGGCCACCGAGCGCCCCGCCGGGAACUCGGACGUGGGCUCCGCCAGCACGCUGCGGCCCAUGGGCGGCGCGGCGGACGUCCUGAACGAGCGCGCCGUGGCGGUGAUGGAGCGCAUGAGCGACAAGCUGACCGGCAAAGACUUCAAGGUGGAGGGGCGCGGGCCGGGGUCGUCGUCGUCGGCGGGCAAGUCGGUGCCGGUGCAGGUGCAGAUGCUGAUCGACCAGGCGACGAGCGACGAAAACCUCUGCCUGGCCUACAUCGGUUGGUGCCCUUUCUGGUAG